GCCGAGCAGUAGAGAGGAUUCUGUAUGGGGGAAGAGUUCCUGCGCUCAGGACAUGACUGUAGGCACACUAAAUGGAUACUGUUGGGAUUAAAUAGCCGCUGAUAUAAUGGCAGUGGAAGCUCUCCAUUGUAAUCUUAACCAGAAUGGUGUGGAUCAUGCUGUUUGCACCGAAGAUGUGAGCUUGCAGGUACUUGGUGAUCCAGAAGUCUUGAAUCCAAGUGAUGAAAAGAUUUUAAGGAUAGAAUCAAACGAUAGUCCAAAGAGUCUUCAUGCGUCAGAAACUGAAUCGGUGAAGUCAAACCCUGGGCAAGUAAAACUAAGUAAACCAGUGGCUUUAUGGACCCAGCAGGAUGUUUGUAAAUGGUUAAAGAAACACUGUCCCAAUCAAUAUCAGACCUACAGUGAGUCCUUCAAACAGCAUGAUAUAACAGGUCGAGCACUUCUAAGAUUGACAGACAAGAAAUUGGAAAGGAUGGGUAUUGUCCAAGAAACUCAACGACAGCACGUCCUUCAGCAGGUCCUGCACCUGAGAGUCCGAGAGGAAGUUCGCAAUUUACAGCUACUUACACAAGCUUCACUGGACAGCUCACCGUAAGUGUGUGGUCCUGAAGAUACUGCUACAAAUUCUUGACACAAAGCAAAUCUGCGGCUUUCCACUCUGCUCCUAACCAGAAGUGCCCUGUCAUGCUGGAUACAACUCUCCUGUCGUAGAAAAAAAUGAUAUUCUCUGAAAAACAUUUGCUAAAACCUUUGGGAAUACAUGAACUUUGGGUAUGUGUGCCAUGCAAGUAGGUUAUCGAAACCAUCCAGGCAUUGAAAAAUUCCACAAGUUAAAUUCUUUAAACACGUUGGCUGACCUUUGUGAAUUCAUCUGAUAUUUGGAGACCACAAAGCUUUGAUUUUUGUGACAAUGGCGCGCAGUAAAGCUUUGCACUAGUGAGAGCUUCAGAAGUGGUUUUCACCCUUUAGUUCCUCCUUGCAUUGCCAGAGCAAGUGCUCCAUUACAACUGAAGGUAAUGCUGUGAGAAUUGAGAGCUGCAAUAUUUGACCAAUGUGUAGAGAUAAUUCGGUCAAUGGACAGAUUAGAGGGUGGAGGAGAGAAACUUUCAUCUUUAUCCUUGAGAUAAAGUGGUUGGAACAAUGAAUUUAAAACAGUACUGUCCAACACGAUGACUUUUUCAUGAGAUUAUCUAUUGGUAGUACGCAACCUUUGGAAACAAUAACAGCUCUAACAGAAUUGAACAUCCCGUUGUGGGAAUGUUAUCGAACCACAUUUAACACUGAGUCACAUGAGCAUAUAUUAGAGGAGAUUGCCAAAAGCUAGGUUAAAAAUGUAGAUUUUAAAGCACAUCUUAAAGGAAGAAAGGAGAGAUUUAGGGACAGAAUUCCAGAAAUUAAGGACCUGACAACUGAAGACAGCGCUGUCAGUAGGAGAGAAAUCAAAAUUGGGAUGUUCUUGAAUUGUAGGAUGUCGAAGUAUUCCAAGGACAUUCAAGCUUAUGUUUAACUGCCAAUACAAAUUUGUUGGUAUUUCCGUUCCCAAUAUAGACAUACAUAUGUUGUGUGUUUCCCUUUAUACUCAGUCAUUAUGCUAUCUGGAGAGAAGCUCUUCAUCUCAAUAGUUCUGUCUAUUACAUACAUUUGCAUGCAUUAUCCAACCUUUGGCAGACUGAACAAAGUUGGGGAAACUCCAGAUUUGUAUUAUGAUUUACCUGUAAGUUGCACUGCAAAAUUAUCGACUUUAAUUUAUUUAAAAUCAACACUGUAGCAUUUUGUCAGUUGUUGAUGGAAGAACUUGUAUCAAAUCCCCAAGUCUGUAGCAAUGUGCUGUGUGAAAUUAUACAGUGUAGAAAAUUAAAUUGAUUUUUUUCCUAAAUUGCUUAAUGUAAAUUGUUAAUAGCAGAAUCCUUUCAUUGUGGACUGAUUUAAUUUAAUGUAGUUUUAAAAAACUCAGCAAACACCCAGGUUAUUGUUUGGAAAUUUACUGAAGAAUAUUUAAAUAUUUCACUUUUGCAUCCGUCAUAACAUAGACAUGAAGUCAAACAAACAUGGAUUUAUAUUUCUGUUUUAAAGGUUAAAUUAAUCAUCCAAAUUGGUCUUGCAGAUAACCAGUUUUGAUUCAAAUGCUUUUAUUGUAUACUGUGAAGUAAUUUUGUUAAACUAGUUCAUAGAUCAUAGAAUCCCUACAGUGUGGAAACAGACCCUUCGGCCCAAAACGUUUGCACUGACCCUCAGAGCAUCCCACCCAGUCCCAUCUCCCUAUAGCCCACCUAAUCUACACAUCCCUGAACACCAUGUGUAAUUUAGCAUGACCAAUCAACCUACCCUGCACGUCUUUGGACUGUGAGAGGAAACCCACGCAGACACUGGGAGAAUGUGCAGACUCCACACAGACAGUCUCCUGAGGUUGGAAUCAAACCUGGCUCCCUGGUCCUGUGAGGCAACAGUGCUAACCACUGAGUCCCUGUGCCGCUCCCUUGCUAACCAGUGAUUACAUAAUUAGUUGUUUUUCUUUCAUUUUCUCUACAACGAAAUGUGCAUAAGAUUAAUUUGCUUGCAGAAAAUGUGAAUGAUCCUCUUGACUAUACCAAUCUAUUGGAUUUAUGUGAAAAAUCAAUGUGCAAACUGUAACAGCACCAAAGAAUGUAAUUCUCCAGGUAAAUUAGACAAACAGGCAUUCUUUAAAUUCAGCCUUUGUCUCUCCUGACUUUGAAGUAAAAUUCUUAGUACAAAGGGGAUAGAAAGAAAAAGUUAAAAUUUCCGCACUUGAAUGUGUUGCGUUGCAAUCGUUCCAGUCCCCAUUCAGUUACGACAUACCUUCACACGGCUGCUUGUUUCCUUUUUUGAUAUUUAUUACAGGAAGAUUGAAAAUGUAGUGAAGAGUGAAAAUUCAUGUUGAUACAGCAGCCGAGAUAAU